AUGCAGGAUCUCAAGGCAAAGAUGGAGGGUGUGAUGCAGGCCAUGAAGGGAAAAGGCAUUGCAGCCAUAGAUGGUUUGGUGCAGAAAACCAAUUUGCCAUUCAGCCCCUCGGUUAUGAAAUGCCCUUUGCCAAGCAAAUUUAGAAUGCCCACAAUUGAGAGUUUCGACGGAACUAAAGAUCCCCUCGACCACUUGGAGACUUUUCAGGCGCUUAUGCACCUACACGCGAUGCCGGAUGAGAUCAUGUGCAGGGCUUUCCCAACGACUCUUAAAGGAUCAGCACGGGUAUGGUUCAACAAACUAAAGCCACGAACCAUUGAAACCUUUGAAGAAUUGAGUAAGGGCUUUGUGGGCCAUUUCAUUGCUGGCCAGAGGCAUAGAAGGCCGGCUACCCACCUCCUUACUGUGAAGCAACAGAACGGAGAGUCACUGCGAGAUUACAUUAGUCGUUUUAACACGGAGAUGUUACAGGUGGAGGAAGCGGAUGACAAGGUGGCCCUAGCCGCCUUCAUGGGAGGACUUCAAACCUCAAGAUUUCUUUUCUCUUUAUCAGAGGAACCUCCUACCAACAUGGCCGAGUUAUUGGUUCGAGCUAAAAGACAUAUGAAUGCUGAAGAUGCAAUGAUUGCGAGAAAGGGAAAAGAAGGGGAGGAUAAGAAGUCAGACAAGAAAAGGCCGGCCCUGACGAUCAGAGAUGAAAAGGAAACCAAGUAUAAGAAACCCAUGGUCAACCAGAAUGAAAGGGCAUCUCGCUAUAAGAACACGGAGAGGUAUACAAAUUACACUCCUUUAAAUAUGCCGAUAGAUCAAGUUUUCCUAUAG